GACUGGCGAAUGAGACUCAACGUCCUCCCGGCAAACCCAUUGUCUGCAUUGAGGCGCCGGCGGGAAGCGCGAGAGGAGCGAAGCCAGUAGCGUCGGCGAUUUUUCUCUGAGACGCGCCCGCGCGCUUACUUACACCCAGAGCAAACCAGAAGCCCUGCAGGAAGGAAGCUGCGCUUUGCCGCGAUGCGGAGCGCCAGCAGUCGCUCUGUUAAGAGAAGGAACCAAGGAGUAGCCCCGACUCGGGACCUCUGCAGCUGCUGAAAGGAGAAAGAAUCUAGGCCGCCUCCGGAGAUUCCCAAGUUUGUCCUGAAAGGAGGAGCCUUACUACCUUUCGCUUCAUAUGGAGACUUUGAGCUCCGUGCGAGCUAAAGUAGGAGCCCGAAGCCCCGUUGGCUGCGAGGGAGCAGGGACCGGCGAACCCCAGCCCAUUUGUUCUUCGGGUCCAGCUAUCCGAGGCUCGGCGGCAUCGGAUUCCCCCGCUUAUAGACUUGAGGACCUGGAGACCUUGGCUACUGUGGGAACAGGCACUUUUGGGCGGGUUCACCUGGUGAGAGAGAAAGCUGCUAAAUGCUACUUCGCAUUGAAAGUAAUGAGCAUUCCAGAUGUUAUUCGGCUAAAACAAGAACAACAUGUACACAAUGAAAAAUCUGUUUUGAAAGAAGUGAAUCAUCCAUUUCUGAUCAGAUUAUACUGGACUAAUCAUGAUGAACGAUUUCUAUAUAUGUUGAUGGAAUAUGUACCUGGAGGUGAACUUUUUAGCUAUCUACGCAAUAUGGGACGCUUUAAUAACAGCACUGGACUAUUUUACUCUGCAGAGAUAAUUUGUGCAAUAGAAUACCUCCAUUCAAAAGAAAUUGUUUACAGAGACUUAAAACCAGAAAAUAUUUUAUUAGACAAAGAGGGGCAUAUCAAACUCACAGACUUUGGCUUUGCUAAAAAGCUUGUUGAUAGAACAUGGACACUGUGUGGAACACCAGAGUAUCUUGCCCCCGAAGUUAUACAAAGUAAAGGUCAUGGAAGAGCAGUAGACUGGUGGGCCCUGGGCAUUCUGAUAUUUGAGAUGUUGUCUGGAUUUCCUCCAUUUUUUGAUGACAACCCAUUUGGAAUAUAUCAGAAGAUUCUAGCUGGUAAAAUAGAUUUUCCCAGGCACCUGGAUUUAUAUGUAAAGGAUCUUAUUAAAAAGCUUCUUGUGGUUGACAGAACAAGACGACUAGGAAACAUGAAGAAUGGAGCUGAUGAUAUAAAGAGACACCGAUGGUUCAGGUCUAUAGACUGGGAUGCUGUACCACAGAGGAAAUUAAAGCCUCCUAUAGUGCCGAAAAUAUCAAAUGAUGGUGAUACAUCUAAUUUUGAAGCUUACCCUGAAGAUGAUUGGAACAAAAUACCACCAGUACCUCCUAAAGAUUUAGAAAUUUUCAAAAACUUCUAAAUGUGUGAUACAUCAAAUUAUUAAGGUAUUAGGCACUUCCAAAGCACCAUAUUUAUAAACCAGUGUAUUUACUGUCUUAAUGUUAAAAUCUAUACAUUGUUGCAUGUAGUUAAUUUAUAAAAUCACACAUUGAUAUUUUUAAAUUAAAAAUAGAAGGAAAUGCCUUAAGGCUCCAUGACUGUCUUUUAAUAAAAAUAUAAUAUUAAUACAAUGUUUGGUAAUUAUUUUGGUUACUGUGAAGACUAGAUAGAUUUCUUCUAUAGGCAUAAUUGCAACUAUUAGAUGGCUUUUAUUUUGCAUUUUUAUUGUAUAAAAAUCAGUAUAAUUCUUUGCACAUGGUAAUUAAGGACCUAUAAAAUCUUAUUUUCUGAAGUUUAAUGAAAAAAGUUAAAUAUUCACUACAAUGGAAUACCAGUAUAUUGAAUAUUCAUUUUUAUCUAAUUGCUAGAAAUUGAAAGAAGAUUGAUGUUUUAAAUGGAAACUGGAAAUGAAGAACAGAAAAUACUUCCAAAAAUAUCUUGAAAGUGAAUAUUACUGUGUUAUGCAUAGAUUUUUUUUUUUAAAAAAAGACAAGAUAAAGGUUGAAAAAAUAGAUACUAUUCAUGUUCAGUAGUAUAGAAUUGGCAUUCAUUCAGUUAAAAAAAUACUGAUGCACCUACUCUGAUGUGUAGCAAUUAAAACUAUAGGGUUUCUAAAUUUGAAUUUAAUUUUGUUGUCCCCAAAUUUUAUUUGCAUACUUAUUUCAUACCCUAGUUGUAUAAGUUUAUACUAAAAUUAUCCUGUAAAACACAUUAGUGUAUAUUUAUAUAAUGAAAUCAGUAAAUCUAAAGCACAGAAACUGUGCAGAAAUGUAAAUUUUUGUAUUUUAAAGAGUCUAUGGUUUUUAUUUUUAAAUGUUUUCCAAGAUUUAGCCUAGAAGUAAAACAAAUCUUGAAAUGAUACAUGUUUAAGCAUCUUCUAUACAUUUUAUAAUUCUUUGUAAAAAGAAAUAUACACAUAGGUUUUGAGAAAACGGUAACAUUUCCAAUGCUUUACACCUCCAGGCAUACAUUUUGAAAGCUGAAAAAUAAAAACCUUUCACAACUUAUUGUUCUAUUUCUCCUUUCAGUGUGUAUUAUAUUUUCUUUUAAAAAGUAUGUUAAAAUGACAUGGCUAUAUAUCUUAAUUCUCUAUGACUACAUACUAUGUAAAAUGUGUUUUUUUAUUUCUUGAAUUUAGGAAAUUUUAGCAAAUUAUAGUGAAACAAUUGUUGUUAAUGGGAUUAGAGUUUAUUACCCUUCCAGGUGCCUGAAGGUCAUCAAAACUAAGAUCCCUAUCUAAACAUAGAUUUAAGUUGCAUGCCCAUUAUUGAAUAUUGCAAAUUUCAGUAGAUAUCAGUAGAUAAAACAAUUUAAGGGCCACAAUUGAAUGUUCAUUGUUACCUGGCAUUAUCUUACCUGCAAUCAACUUACUGUCCCUUACCAUUUAUUUACCUUCAGAUAUCUAUCUUGGCACUUGCCAAGUAUCCUACCCACAUUUAAUAUUUUAAAAUUCUUUUAAUUAAAUGCCUAUAUACAUACCCAUCACAUAAUUCCUUUUUUAUUUAAGCAACUUUAUCCAAAAUUGGAGAAAAUGUGUGAGAAGUAGCAAGCAAAAUAAAUUAAAGGCUUGGGUUAAAAUAAAGAAAAUAAAUCUAAAUUUAUAUUACAUAGAGAAGAAGCUGUUAUGUUUUAAAGCAAAGUCUAAAUUCCAAAAUAAUUAUGCCCAAGAUAUGUGACCUUUUGGUCACAUGUGUACUCUACAGCUGUAGGUAUUCUUAAAAUAUAAAAAUGGGCGGAUGGUGGCAGUCAAGUGUUUUAUUUGGAAGUUUAACUACUUGCUCGUUUAUAAGGAAGUUGUUAUAAAAGUAUACCUCAAAAAUUCAAAUAAGACUUCCGCAUCAAAAAUCUUCUAGCUUCUAUAUCAUUACAUGAACAUUUAAGGCAUGAAUAUCUGUGAACUCUUCUGAAACUGGAUAUUCUACAUUUUAAACCUCUGUAAGUGAGAUUAACUCAUGCCAUUUGUCCUACUAGGGCAGGGGUGUCAAACUGCCGGCCCAUGGGCUGGAUGCAUCAUAGCGAAAUCAUGCCUACCCCAUUGUUGGCCAUGGCAAAAAAGUCACGAUACGUCGUGACACGUCACAUGAGGUUGCGAGUUUGUGCUAGGGGAAAAAAACCAAAUGAAGAUAUAAACUGCAGAGUAAGAAUAUAUACUUAUGAGAUACUAAUAUUAAGUUAAGGAUUGUUGACUUAAUGGUUCAAAGUUAAUACUACUGCUAGGGCUUGAGGUUACCCAGCUUCCAUAGGAUCUACCUGUGUAUGUUUAGAAGUUGUUUAAUAUUCUUAUUACACUAGUUACUCUUCUUCCCUUGCUUGAUAGCGCAUUGGUUGAAACCAAAACACUCCAAAAAUCUUAGCUACCACUUUUUGUGGACACUAAGUAAGCUUUUAAAGUCCACUGUGAAAAAUAAGAGGAGAAAGGAAUGAUUAGACAGUUCUCAUUUAGCUACAGCCUUGUUUAUCUACUGUUCACUUACGGUGGUGAUGAAAUAGUAUCUUUAGAACCUUCAUAUUUAUGCCUUUGCAAGUCUGUAAAGCAAAGGAAAACUGAAGUAGUGCGUUUCUUCAAAAUAGGAAAUGACAUCUCUGUACCACCAAACAUUACCCAAGUAGUGAACAAUAAUUAUAAUCAUACCAAUAAUAGAAACUGUUAUUGUAAAAAUAAAAAGCAUAUUGAAGAAUUAAAAUAUAAAAACUUCUAAAGGCCAAAUUACAAAAUGGUGCUAAUUUAAAAUUCCUUUUCAAAUCCUUUUCCUUAGUUCUGAAAUGAAAGCAUUCCAUAAUUCCAGAACGAUUAUAAAGCUAACAAAUGAGCCUCUGUUGAGUGAUGGUACCUCAAAAGGCUUUCCUGCAGAUCUUAACCAAAAUGGGAAAGGCAAUGUCUUAGGUAGCACUGAAGCCAUCUAGAACUUUUAAAGACUGUAAUAGAUCAAAACAAUUAUCAUUAAAUACACAGCAAUUAGUUGUGAAUGGACAGUUGCUAUGAGCAAUGUUUCCACUCAUUAUGAAGUUAAUUUGAAUUUACAUCAGUGCUGCAUUUUAUAAUCUGCAUAUGAGACCACUGUUCCAUUGGGGUCAACAGAAAGCCUUAUAAUAAUUGGAUAGUGAACAUCCUGUUUAUGAAAACUGAAUGUUAGCUCCUGUUAAAUCACCCUAGAUAGAGUCUUAUUUUAUUAGAAUUAAUAUUCUUUAUGGCUAUUUAUACUUGAAGCAGAAAUAUUUUUCACAUUAGAAAAACAUGAUAGAUUGGUGAGCAAAGUCAAAACAACUAACCAUUAAAAAUGUAUUUGUUUAGAAAAUCCUAUCUGGAUAUAUUAUCUGUAAAUUUAUUUAAUGUUCAUGAGAUCGCGUUUUAAGCAAGGCUAUUAUAUAUAAAAGAAAUAUUAAUCUAUCAAAAUUAGGAACUAAACCAAGUUUAGCUAAAGGACUGGAUCUUGAAAACUGCAUGAAUAUAGCAAAUCAAAUGUGUGGUAUAUGGUAUAUGGAGGAAUUAAUUCUUUUACUGCGGAAUUUUUCAGCUUUCAAGAAAUGUAGGGUAAUUCCAUUGUACUGUACUAUGUACAGAUUUACUAUGUUUUGCACUUUUCUAUGACAAACAACUGCUUUAUAAAUAUUGAUGUACAGUUAAAUGAAUUAGUUUCAUCUAUGUACAAAACCAAAUUGAUAAUAUAAAAUAUUCAAGGUUUACAGAUAUCAGAGAGAUUUCCUGCAAAUUCUGUCUUAUAUAUAAUUACUGUACAAAUACAUAAAUCAGUCCUCAUUGCACAAUGAAAAUCACUGUGAUUUGUAAAUAAAACUCAGUCAAAAAUA